UCUAUGGUCGCGAGCCGGAAGUGGCUGCCGGGCUGGAAGGCGUGAGGAGCAUUCCGCCUUCUGACCUGGAAGCACAAUGUCAUCAGAAUCUAGCAAAAAACGGAAACCCAAAGUGAUCCGGAGUGAUGGAACGCCAACUGAAGGGAAACGGAACCGAUCUGACACGGAGCAGGAAGGCAAAUACUACAGUGAGGAAGCAGAGGUUGACCUGCGGGACCCUGGCAGAGACUAUGAGUUGUACAAGUAUACCUGCCAGGAGCUACAAAGGCUGAUGGCCGAGAUCCAGGACCUGAAGAGCAAGGGCAGCAAGGACGUGGCCAUUGAAAUUGAAGAACGAAGGAUCCAGAGCUGUGUGCACUUCAUGACUCUAAAGAAGCUUAACCGAUUAGCCCACAUCAGGUUAAAGAAAGGAAGAGACCAGACCCACGAGGCCAAGCAGAAAGUUGAUGCCUACCACCUACAGCUACAGAACCUGCUCUACGAAGUGAUGCACCUGCAGAAGGAGAUCACCAAAUGUCUGGAGUUCAAGUCAAAGCAUGAAGAAAUCGAUCUGGUCAGCUUAGAGGAAUUUUAUUCAGAGGCUCCACCAAGCAUCAGCAAGGCCGAGAUCACCAUGGGAGACCCUCACCAACAAACGUUGGCACGUUUGGACUGGGAGCUGGAGCAGCGGAAAAGGCUGGCAGAGAAGUACCGAGAAUGCCUGUCCAACAAGGAGAAGAUUCUGAAGGAGAUUGAGGUGAAGAAGGAGUAUCUGAGCAGCCUCCAGCCUCGCCUCAACAGCAUCAUGCAGGCCUCCCUGCCCGUGCAAGAGUACCUGUUCCUGCCGUUCGACCAGGCACACAAGCAGUACGAGACUGCCAGGCACCUGCCGCCUCCCCUCUACGUGCUCUUCGUGCAGGCCACUGCAUAUGGGCAGGCCUGUGCUCAUAUGAAAUCCUCUUCCCAGCCCCCUAGACAGGAUAAGACAUUGUCCGUGGCAAUCGAAGGCAGUGUGGACGAAGCCAAAGCUCUUUUCAAGCCCCCUGAGGACUCCCAAGAUGAUGAGAGCGACUCAGACGCUGAAGAGGAGCAGACCACGAAGCGGCGUCGGCCCACUCUCGGGGUUCAGUUGGAUGACAAGCGCAAGGAGAUGCUGAAAAGGCACCCACUGUCUGUCCUGCUGGAUCUGAAGUGUAAAGACAGCAGUGUGCUUCAUCUGACUUUCUUCUAUCUCAUGAACCUCAACAUCAUGACAGUGAAAGCCAAAGUGACGACCGCCGUGGAGCUGAUCACCCCCAUCAGUGCAGGAGACUUACUGUCCCCUGACUCGGUCUUGAGCUGCUUGUAUCCGGGAGAUCAUGGAAAAAAAACUCCCAACCCAGCCAAUCAGUAUCAGUUUGAUAAAGUUGGCAUCCUGACUUUGAGAGACUAUGUACUUGAGUUAGGUCACCCCUACUUGUGGGUACAGAAGCUGGGUGGCCUCCACUUCCCCAAAGAGCAUCCCCAGCAAACAGUGAUGGCUGACCACUCACAGAGCGCCAGCCACAUGGAGACUACCAUGAAACUGCUGAAGACCAGGGUACAGUCCCGCCUGGCUCUACACAAACAGUUUGCAUCUCUGGAACAUGGCAUUGUGCCAGUCACCAGCGAUUGCCAGGACCUCUUCCCUGCCAAGGUGGUUUCUCGCCUGGUAAAGUGGGUGAUAAUUGCCCAUGAAGAGUACAUGGAGCUGCACUUCACUAAGGACAUCGUAGAGGCAGGACUGGCUGGAGACACCAACCUCUACUACCUGGCGCUUAUUGAAAGGGGAACAGCUAAACUUCAGGCUGCUGUGGUACUGAACCCUGGCUACUCCUCCAUCCCACCAGUUUUCCGGCUCUGUCUAAACUGGAAAGGGGAAAAAACCAACAGCAACGAUGACAAUAUUCGGGCUAUGGAGAGUGAAGUCAACGUGUGCUAUAAGGAGCUGUGUGGCCCUCGGCCCAGUCACCAGCUCCUGACCAACCAGCUGCAGAGACUGUGUGUGCUGCUGGACGUCUACCUGGAGACCGAGAGCCAUGAUGACAGCUUCGAGGGCCCCAAGGAGUUUCCCCAGGAGAAGAUGUGCCUGCGGCUUUCUAGGGGUCCGAGUAGGAUGAAGCCGUUUAAAUAUAACCAUCCUCAGGGAUUCUUCAGCCACCGCUGACCCCCCUCGACGCGUCAUCCCCCAAAGCCCUGUCCUGGCUCCUGGGUAUCUGCUUUUGGCUUUGGCCGCAUGUGGCUCUUAAUAUUUUCCAAAGACACCAGCUAAUUAAAAUGUCAU